AUGUUCUCCGCCGCCUCUUCGGUGCUAUCUCUGUUACUAGCAUACUUUGUCUACAUAACGACUUACAGAAUUUUCUUCCACCCGUUACGCAACGUUCCCGGUCCUUUCUUUGCACCAUUCAGCAAGCUAUGGCUUGCAUGGCACGUUCGAAAAGGACAAUCACAUGUCCACUUCCCCAAGCUACACGCGCAUUAUGGACCGAUUGUGCGCAUAGCACCCGACCAAGUCCUAGUGUGUGACGAAAACGCCAUCAAAACCGUCUAUGGAGCAGCGACGUCGUUCACGAAAGGAGAUUGGUACCGCAUAGCUGGCGCACCUGACAAAAGCCGGAAACCCGCCGAGGAGGUUCUCGAUAUGCUGACAGAAACCAACAUGGAGAAGUAUCGCAGGCAAAGAAGAGCUAUCGGGCCGGCCUAUAGCAUUGCGGGGUUAGAAAAGCAUGAGGGAUUACUUGAUGCCUACAUCGAUCAGUUCGCUGGCAGGCUGAAAGAGUCUGGAGGGAGAGAGGUAGAUCUUGCGGAAUGGACGCAUAUAUUCGCCUUGGAGUCUAUGAGCCAGUUCACUCUUGGCAAGAGACCAGGAUACACAGAGAAAGGCAGUGACGAAGGGAAUGCAGAUGCCAGUGAUGCGUUAUGGCAGUGCUUCACCGUUAUUGGUAUCUUCCCAGGCUUCGUAAAGCUGAUGCAUGCGAUACCGAAAGUCGGCAUGUUGCUCGUUCUACCCGCGUCCCUACUGCUAGGUGUUCGACUACCGAAGGUUUGGCCCGUCUUCAGCUUCUCUGCUCCAACCAUAAUGCAGAGAUUGAAAGCACUGGAGAGUACGAGGGACGUCAAGUUUCCCGGGGACCGACCAGGUCUCUUCCACGACCAAGGGACAGAUGUUAAGCCACUGGAGCAACAGGGAGAUGGCAUUGAAGAAACGGACAUGUUGGCUACUUUGAUGCGUCUACAUCAUGACAAAGAGGCACGUUUCCCUCCUUCAUGGGUUCUCUCGAUAGCUCUUACCAACUUCGGUGCCGGACACGACACACUCAUGUUUACACUCUCCUCGGUCAUCUACCAUACGUACAAGUCGCCAGCCAUUCUCGCCCGCCUACGCAAGGUUAUGGAAAGUCAGGGCAUCUCAAAGGAUACCAAAUAUUCCGAAAUGAUCAAGAAGGUACCAUUGUUCCUCGCCAUUAUGAAAGAAAGCAUGAGGAUCUGGCCUACGCUCGGAUGGUACAUCCCUCGCCUCGUGCCCGCUUCCGGGGCUACACUAUGCGAUACCUACCUUCCGCCUGCAAUCCGACGAUCAGAUGAGAUUAGCGACUUUCCUGACAUCAUAGUCACAUCGCACGAUGAGCUCAACACGCCGGGAAGACCACGCAUAGACCUCGAACAUUUGUUCCACGAAACUAGCCCGGGGACAGGAAUAUCUGCGAGGGAGGUUCUCAAUGAUUGGGAAGAGAGAUACAGAGUCAAACCGAUCUCUCAGGUCGAUUUCUUUCGCCCGAAAGAAUUAGACUCAACCUGUGGCGCCUCUGCAAGCGAAGAAGAUGAAAAACUGGAACGUGACGUCGAUGAUGAUCUUCUGGCGGACCACACGGUGCCCCAAAUCGUUGUUCAUCAACCAGACGAAUCGGACGCGUCUGCAGGAUUCAUCGAGAAACCAUCGUUGAAGAAAGCACUUCCAUUAGGACAAGACGCACAAUCUGCGCCAGUGAAUAGUCUCGAAAACACACUGAGGCCCGCUAUCCGCCUACGGCGACAUAGUUUUAGCAAUAUCUCCGUGCAGGAACUGAACAGAGAGCCAAACUUGAACGCUUUCGCAAAGCCAAAGAUCCUACCAACAUCACAGCCGUGGAGUCGCAUCGAUGUGGACCCGAAAGGUGGAUGGAAGACGCGUUCACGAUGUUCGCCUUGGCCGGAGACCGGGCACCUCGUCGAUAUUGUGAUAGUCUACUUAUACAACUCCGGCUUGUGCGAUACGUCUACGGACCCCGACCUUGACCUAGACGCUUUCCGACGUCAAGCCCAACCUCACAUGGAAAGCCCUAGUAACGCCCCAACGCAGCAGAUCCGCCGUGCAAGGACAGAUAUUGGAAGAACGCAUCAUCAAGUUUUGCCGACCAUUUUCACGAACACCCAAAACCGCAUCACCUUUGAGAAAGUCAAGCCUCGACCCGUCAGCUGGAUACAGGACGAGAACAUGCUGCGGAAACGGGUACCUGGCAGCCGGGUUAUCACUGUCGGCUUUGACUUGUCUUCGAUGCUCUCUACCGUACCUGAUCUCGAGGCUGCAGCACAGUCACUCCAUGAGCGUCUGUGUCAACUGCGAGAAGACCGUCAAGCACCAAUUGUGUUUCUUGGUCACUCAUUUGGCUGUUUGAUCAUACUGCAUGCGCUCGCAUCACUUUCAUCUGGCCAUGCCUUAGCCUCGAAUGUCUUACCCCACACCGCGGGGGUGUUUCUCUUCUCUUCUCCACUUUCUAAUCCUGAAACAUGUGCGCGGUCGUUUACUAAGAUCCAUGGAGUGAAACCCAGUGGGAAGGUUCUCAAUGACCUCCUUGGCAGUGCCUCUAUGAGACAGAUGCGCGAGAAGGCUAAAACUAGCUUAGUAUCUUCACGACAAGGGCAACAAGAUGCGUCUAGAGCUCUACCACGUGGGAACCAGGGUCCGUCAAGCCUCAAGAGUAUUGCGAUCGGGUUUCCAAUAACACAGAUUCACGCCCGAGGAGAUGAUCAAGGGACUGGCUCAAUCAGCGAACUCUUGGGCAUUCCGACCCGUACCUUGAUGUUCUCCCGGGAUGCUGCACACGUGCUCAAAUUCGCCGCUUCUGACGACGUGGACUUCAUGCGUUUGACAAUGCUAAUGAAGGCCAAUGUCCAAUUGUUUGGUCUUCUGCGAGCGUCCAUCGAUAACAAUUCAAGGGAGGUAGACGCCCUACUAAAAGAGGGUGUCAACCCCAAUCUACGUGACAGGCUGUAA